ACAUGAUCGCAAUGGGUGAAAAGGUGAGCCCAAGUGUCAAGUUGUAAUUUUUUUUUUCAUUUUUCCAAAACGCCGCACUUCACCUCGUGUCGAGUUGCCAUUUUUGUUUUGGGGGGUAAAAACGGCUUCUAAUCCUUUCUCCCAAUUCUGAAUUCGGAUCUCAUCGCUCUGGCGCUGCCGGAUUCUCAUCGGCCUUGAGCAAUCCCCAUUUUUAAGGGUUUCAACAACUUCAUUCGCAGAAACUAGGGUUUCCUGAACGUCCAUGGAGAAGGACGUGUUAUCCCCUUCUUCUUCAAAUAUAUUCAGCCAUGACAUCAGCGGGAUGUCAGAUUUCCCCCUUCGAAACCCCGGCCACCGCCGGGCCCAGUCGGAGAUCCCCAGCCUCCCUGUUGACCUCAAUUUGGAUGGUGAUCUCGGCAUUGUGGGGCCCGCCGACGAGAUGGAAGAUGAUUUCUUGGCAAUGUACUUGGAUAUGGAUAAGCUUGGGGGUGAAAGCUCGGAGGCUGCGGUGGUUGGCGCUGGCAAUGGUGGUGCUUAUUCUUCUUCUUCUUCUUCUGAUUUGAGGAAUGAGAACCCAAGGGUUAGGCACCAGCAUAGUCAGUCGAUGGAUGGGUCGACGGAGUUUCUUGGGGCGAAUUCGGAAGGGCCAACCUCUUUGGCAGAGGCAAAGAAAGCUAUGUCCGCAGCGAAGCUUGCAGAACUCGCGCUUGUGGAUCCAAAAAAGGCCAAGAGAAUUUGGGCAAACAGGCAGUCGGCUACAAGGUCAAAAGAAAGGAAGAUGCGAUACAUUGCAGAGCUCGAGCGGAAGUUGCGAACACUGCAAAUCGAAGCAACGACUUUUUCGGCUCAGUUGUCAAUGUUACAGAGAGAUACUACUGCUCUGACUGCUGAAAAUAACGAGUUGAAGUUGAGGUUGCAAACAGUGGAGCAGCAAGUUCACCUGCAGGAUGCCCUAAACAAUGCACUCCGGGAGGAGGUUCAGCGAUUGAAAAUGGCAACUGGGCAGAUGAUGCCAAAUGGUCCAAUGAUGAACUUUGGACAACCAUCUUUCGGGGGAAAUCAACAAUUUUACCAUCAGAAUCAGAACAAAACCAUGCAGCCACUUCCGGCAACUCACCAGCAGCAAUUGCAAAUUCGUCAACCUCAGUAUCAGCAUCAACAGCAGCAGCAGCCACCAGGUGAUUUCAGAUUGAGGGCAACACUGUCUCAGCACGGCCAAAGGGAGAGUAUAGCUGGUAGCGGCAAUGCUAAUGGAGUAAUACGUUAGAGAUGGACUAGCUUUCGCUUUUGUUGUUAUUUAUUGAUAUAUAAUUUAUGUUGGGUGUUUAUGUAGUUUGGGUGAGAUGAUAACUUGUGUGAGCCCAACGGCUGCAUUUUUGUGAUCAUAUUGCAGCUGAUACUUUUGUUUGUAAGUUUGUUUUAUUAUUUGGAAAUGCUGGUGAUUUUGUGAAUGACUGAUGGUCCUUUUUUUUGGGUGA